GGAGGCGGCAGGGAUGCGAUGGCGGAGUCGCUGCCCCUGGAGAUGCUCACAUAUAUUCUGAGCUUCCUGCCUCUGUCAGAUCAGAAAGAGGCCUCCCUCGUGAGUUGGGCUUGGUACCGUGCUGCCCAGAAUGCCCUUCGGGAGCAACCAGGCCUUACCUCCCUGGACCUCAGCGGCUGCUCAGAACUGACUGAUGGGGCGCUCUUGGCCGUGAGCCGGGGCCUGCGGCACCUGCGGCGCCUGAGCCUGGGGAAGCUGCAGCGGCUGACAGACGCAGGAUGUACAGCUCUGGGUGGCCUGCGGGAGCUGCAGAGCCUCAACAUGGCCGAGUGCUGCCUGGUAGAGGGCGGGAACUGGCCCAGGCCCUGGGCUCUGUGCACGGGGCUCCAUCCCAGCUGGCCUCCCUCAGCCUGGCCCACUGCUCUUCGUUGAAGGACGCUUCAGUGCUCUCCAUGAUCCCAGCGCUGGGCCUGAGCCUCAGGGUGCUAGACCUGUCCUCCUGUGUGGCCCUCACCAACCGGACCCUGCAGGCCAUCUGCACCUACCUCACCCACCUCUCAGUCCUACGCCUGGCUUGGUGCAGGGAGCUGUGUGACUGGGGGCUUCUGGGGCUGGAGGAGCCUCUGCAGGGGACCCAGCCACGCCCAGAGCUGGAGCAUCAGGCCUCAGGCACCAAGGACCCCUGUCCCGAGCCACAGGGCCCCUCCCUGCUCAUGCUUCGGGCCCUGCAGGAGUUGGACCUCACAGCCUGCAGCAAGCUGACUGAUGCCAGUUUAGCCAAGGUGCUCCAGUUCCCCCAGCUGAGGCAGCUGUCCCUGAGCCUGUUGCCAGAACUUACAGACAAGGGCUUGUUGGCUGUGGCCGGGGGCUGUCCUAGCCUGGAGCACUUGGCGCUGAGUCACUGCACCCGCGUCAGUGACAAGGGCUGGGCCCAGGCAGCCAGCUCCUGGCCGAGGCUGCAGCACCUCAACCUGUCCAGCUGCAGUCAGCUCACAGAGCAGACACUGGAUGCCAUUGGGCAGGCGUGCAGGCAGCUCCGGGUGUUGGAUGUGGCCAUGUGCCCUGGCAUCAACAUGGCCGCCAUCAGACGCUUCCAAGCCCAGCUGCCCCAGGUGUCCUGCGUCCAGUCCCGCUUCGUGGGAGGGGCUGACCUGACCCUAACACUCUGAGGCCGGGUCAGUAACCAGCCCUGCAGCACAGCCUCCUUGACUCCCCCAGUCCCCAACCCUGGCCUUGACCUGGCUUGCCUCUUGCCUCCCUCUACUGCAGACCCUCUAGGACUGGGGGUGGGGCCAAUCCAGGCAGCCCAGAGGGAACUUCCCGCCACACCACCUGACAGUAGCCUCUUUCCAGCUACACGUGGCUGCCACAGGCCCCUGGAAAUGCUAGCUGCUUGUUUGCCGUCACAGGCUCCUGCUCUCUGGCCAAGCCCUGGGCGGGAGGCCAGGCCCCCAGCAGGCGGGGUCUGGUGCUGGGAGGAGCAAAGCCCCUGCCUCUUGCCUGCCCUCUUCUCAGACCUAAGGCCCAGCUCCACCUACUCCUGUGGGACUCUCCCAGCACCCUGUGUGCACUGAGCUUCAGCAGCUGAGCCCAGGUCUAUGUUGUAAACCCUAAGAUUAAACAUUCCAGAUAGUA